AUGUCUGACAAUGACGAUGAGAGUCCCAGGCAUAAUGUUCAUAUACAGGACAAAUUUCUGCCGAUUUUAAAUGUAAGUCGACUCAUGACCAAGGCGCUUCCGGAUAACGCUACUAUCGCUAAAGAUGCCAAGGAAACCGUCCAAGAAUGCGUCUCCGAGGCGGCUGAUAAGUGUCAAAGUGAGCAGAGGACGACACUCAACGGAGAUGAUUUGAUUUGGGCAAUGUCUUGUUUAGGGUUUGAAGGUUAUCUUGAUUCUCUCAAUGUCUACUUGACUAGAUACAGAGAGGUUGAUUUCCCAUCGGUCUACUCUUUCGAUCAGCAAGAAGUGGUCGAUAUAUUCAGAACCCUCGAGUAUUCCGGUCUUGGAAAAUAUCUUGGCAGUCCGUUCAUCUUUGACGAUAAGGAAGUUCGGGAGUUCUUCCAAACUGCAACAAUGGUGGACGAUUCCAUCGUAGCAAUUGUUAACGGUACAGAGAUCUCUUUCGACAAAGCCUCUUAUGUAGAGUUCUUCGAACUUCCGUCGGAGGGUCAUACUUUCAACAGGCAUUUGUCACUGGAAGUAAUGGAAGAAAUGAAGAAAGUCCUAUUUGCCGAUGGCUCGGCAAUUCAUCUGAAUGGAAGUAAGAAAAGUCCUUAA